GUGCACGAGCCUGCAGGCCAGGCGGGAAGGAGGCGGAGGAGGAGGAGGAGAAGGAGGAGGAAUUAGUCAGUGUUCGAGGGGAGGAGAGGCGGAGGUGGACGUGGCGGCUCCGCUAGAGUUGGCCACAAGUCGCGGGCAGCGGAGGCGAAGCAGCCAUGACGCGGACCGCCCGCAGGCUGGUUCUUGUCCGGACUGGGUGGUGACGACCUGUGUCUGGAUGAAGACUGUUGGCCUUGGCUCCUCCCCUCUCUGAGAGACGGCGCUUCACCCCUCAAAAUGACAGACUUGGAGGCGGAGUGUUUGAGCCUCGGUCUGCCUUCUGAGGACGACUCCCCUCCGACGCCCCUGGACCCGGGCCUGCAGGUGGACUGUGGCCCAGCCUCUGUGGUUCCAACUCUGGGCCUCCUCUCCUCAGACUGUCCCACUCCCACGCUGAGCUCGCUGGCAGCGGAGAUCGCAGAGCCGCUGGUCAUGCUGCCAUGCGUCAAGAGCGAGCCAGAGGACGGCGACUUGGACCCCAUACGCACAGUGGACCUGUCAGAAAUCCAGCCGUUGUCCACCGCUGAGCUGGGCCAGGACCAAAUCAAGAUGGAGAUCAGCGGGCUGGACUACAUCAAGUCGGAGCAUCACUGCGGUGACCACUACCUGGGCUCCUUCCACCCUGGUGAUGUGACGGAGCUGGACUACAAGUCGCACUAUGAGCCCAGCUCAGUGUUUGACUACAUCUCCCAGGUGAACGACACCCUGGAGUACAUCAAGUCAGACCACCACGUAGACCUGCAGUGUUACUACGCCGCGGAGUUGGGCUCGCUGCGCUGCGAGUACCCUGAGUCCAACAUGGCCUCGGUCCAGUUGCAGCACAAUGGCCUGGAGUCCAUCCACAUGGCCGAACUCCGCAGCGAGCUCAACAAGCUGCGGCCCGACUCCCUGCUGCUGGACGGGAUGGCCAAGGCGGAGCCUGGCUUUGGGGGUGGGCCUUUGUACGAGGCGACAUCAACCGAGGAGGGAAAGACGACGUCUCGCGUGGAAGGCCAAGAGUGCGGCGGCGUGGCGACUAAAGGCCUGACACAGGCGGUGAGGAAGCCUCGCAACAUGCAGGGCGAGAAGCCAUUCUCGUGCACGCAGUGCGGCAAGAACUUCAGCACGCUGGGCAACCUGAAGACGCACCAGCGCAUUCACACGGGCGAGCGGCCGUACACGUGCGCUCAGUGCGGCAAGAGCUUCGGCCAGGCCGGCAACCUCAAACGCCACCAGCUGAUCCACACGGGCCAGAAGCCCUACGUGUGCGCCCACUGCCCUAAGGGUUUCACCAAGGCCGACGACCUGCGUGCCCACCAGCGCCUGCACACGGGCGAGCGCCCUUUCGCCUGCGCUGCCUGCAGCAAAGCCUUCAGCCAGGCCAAGGAGCUCAAGGCGCACCAGCUGAGCCACACGGGCGAGCGCCCAUAUUGCUGCCAGCACUGCGGAAAGAGCUUCGGCAAGGAGUCGGCGUACCGCAACCACCUGCACGUCCACACGGGCGGUAAGCCCUUCGCCUGCUCGCAGUGCGGCAAGACCUUUAGCAACUCUGGCGUGCUGAAGACCCACCAGAGGAUCCACUCGGGGGAGCGGCCCUUCGGUUGCGUGCAGUGCGGCAAGAGCUUCGGACGCCUCGGACACCUUAAGGCACACCAGCACGUGCACACAGGCGAGCGGCCGCACACCUGCGCACGCUGCGGCAAGACUUUCAGCCAGUCGGGUCACCUCAAGGCGCACGAGCAGAUCCACAAGCGCGAGCGAGCCGACAGUAGCUAGACCACCCUGGACCUCUGGCAACCACAAAGUAUUACUAUUCCGCUUUUUUACCUACCGUGUAUAUGAACUUUUCUUACCUUUCCUACUUUUCUGCUCUGCGUGCGUGUGAGCCAGUGUGCGUCUGUGUGCGUCUGUGUGCGUGUGUGUGUGUGUGUGUGUGUGCGUGUGUGUAAGCACAACCAGGAAGAACCUCACAAAACACCUUUUUUACUUCCUGUGGAUGGAUGAAAACAUGGAAUGUAGUAAUACUGCAGUAAUACUUGGUGCCAAUGUUAGAUGACCACACGUGAUGGCCCCCUACUGGCCGCUGGGAGAAACGCUUUUGAUGACUUCAUCUGCUUUUAUGCUAAUAAGACAGGUUUUGUAUGCGUCUUUUCAAAAACGUCAUUAAAAUGAAACCAGUUCUUUUACUGCCAACUGAA